AUGAGUUCCGGGCGCCCUGUCGUCCAUCAGGACUACAUUGCGAAAAUCAGAUAUUCCAAUGCGCUUCCUCCUCCACCAUGCCCGCCAAAGCUGCUCGAUAUCCCCAACACCGGCCUCUCGAGCGGACAGUACACGUCGGCAGGCUUUGCGUCCAGGCUUGCGCGGGAGCAGUCGCUGAAUAUUGAGGCUGAUGCUGAGCUGGGUAUGCCCAUCGACUUGGUGGGUAUCCCCAAGGUCUUUGACGGCGACGAGUCUGCUAUCCAGGCGAUGCCCCAUCCGCCGCCGCUCAGUGCAGCAGACAAGGCGCUGAUGCGACCGCCGAAUGCGCUUGGCAAGACAAGCACCAAUGCGACGGGCGCCACCUUCUUGCGACGAACCGAAUACGUUACCGCAAGCACUACCGGCGGUUCCAAGUUUGAGUCGAGCAACUCGUCCAACACGAUGCGUCUGCGCAGGAAGCGGAAGCAGGUAGAGACAUCCCUGGACGAUCCUACCAACAUCUCGCGACACAUUCUCAAGGGCUUCAACAUUGCCUACCCAGCAGAUGCAUACAAUGGACAAGACAACGCCGAGAACAUCAGGGCGGCAGAAUCGACGCCCGAAGAGCGGCUGGCGUGGAACAAGCCAAAGCACCCAAGGAACCCCAACCUCAAGCUGCUCGACUCGUACCCACUCCUCCCUGAUUGGGACGCCACCCCCGACACGGGCGGCUACAUGGUUUUCAAGUUCACCGCGCCACCCAUCAACAACCCACUCGACCCGUCAUACGACUCGCGACUCGACGUCGCUCUGCUUCGUCCUGCUGGUCAGACCAUUCAAGACCAAGACAAGUACAUGGAAGAUCUCCAAGCGCACAAGCUCGACCCAACUGUUCCGCCGCCCAUUGCACGUUACCAGUUCGAGUUCUUCCUGCCCUCCGACAAGGGCAAAGUCCGCGGCAUCAGGCGCAACUUUACAACGCACGACCCAAACAACGAGAGCGACAUCGAUUUCGAUAUUGCCGAAGACGACGAAGGCCAGCCGCGCAAAUGUUUCAAGUACGAGAACAUCCGUACCUACGAGACGUCACAGCAAGUCGGCGACCCCAGCGAUACCUAUGGCGAUGUGGUUGCGCUUGCACUACACGAUCCCGAGAAGCACGAGAGUGAGCCACUGAGGGAUACAAAGCUGCAGAAGGCGGCAUACUUUUACCCCAUCACACAAAGGACCAGCUUGAGACCCAGGAGACCGGGUCGUGUCGACAUGGUGGAAGAGCAACCAAAGGUCGACAUCAUCGAGGCCGCAGGCAAAGACCCCGAGUUGUCCGAAAGGCGCGAGAUUUACAGGAAGAGAGCCGAAGGGAUGGAAGUAGCAGAGUAAAUCUUUCUUUUUUCAGGGACACAUUUUCAGUAUGCUACUCGACCAACAAAGACCAAGCUCAUCAUCUGGGAUCAUCAUCAGCGACGGCGUUAGACUUGGCUUGAUUACGGCAUGCAAAAGCGGUUGCUCGAAUACUCGAGGGAGUGAAGGAAAAUGCAUGAGCAAGUGGUUACCGGUAGCAUCCCAUUUAC